AAAAACAUAUUCUAAACUAACUUUGCGCAUGUGGUAGCCCAGUUUGUCUGUAGAGAUGGAGUAGAGUCUUAAGACUCUAACUCCUCCCCCGACGUCCUGUGUAUUCCCCGGUCUCUCAGUCAGGGCUCACUCACAACAAAGCGUCGCUAUACAGACCUGGGGCCACCCUGAUAAGACCUGAUUUGAACAGGACCCAGAACCACCGCAGCAGCAGCAGCUAUGACGGCGGACAACGCACCACGAGACAAGUACAACGCAGUUUGGCUUAUCUUCUUCAUCCUCGGCUUGGGAACUCUCCUGCCAUGGAAUUUCUUCAUGACAGCAUCAGCAUACUUUACCAGCCGCCUGAAGGACCCAGUGAGCACUACAUUCAAUCAAACAGGAAAUGUGACAAUGGCUGGAGGUGAUACAAGAAAUGCCCUGGAGUCAACGUUCAACAAUGUGAUGACUCUGUGUGCCAUGGUCCCUCUGCUCAUUUUCACCUGUCUCAACUCAUUCAUCCACCAAAGGGUGUCCCAGAAGUUGAGGAUUUUGGGGAGUCUGUCUGUGAUCUUUGUUGUUUUCCUGAUCACUGCCAUUGUGGUGAAGGUCAGCAUUGAGCCACUGUCAUUCUUCACCCUCACUAUGAUCAAAAUCAUCUGCAUCAACUCAUUUGGGGCUGUUCUUCAGGGCAGUCUGUUUGGUUUGGCUGGGAUCCUGCCUGCUACCUACACCACACCCAUCAUGAGUGGCCAGGGCCUGGCCGGGACCUUUGCUGCCUUCUCAAUGAUCUGUGCAUUGGCCUCUGGAUCAGAAUUGCAGGACAGUGCCUUUGGUUACUUCAUCACUGCCUGUGCUGUCAUAUUGUUGGCCAUUAUGUCCUACUUUGUUCUUCCUAAAAUGGAAUUCUUUCAAUAUUACAUGGAGAGCCAUGGCUCCCAUUCAUCCAGUGCCGAUGAGGAGAACAAAAUGGACCUUCUUAAAAAAGAAGAUUCCACAGAGAAGAGACCAGUAGUGAAUCUGACUGAGGAUGAAGCCAGGCCCACUGUGUCUGUUGUAAACAUCUUUAAACAGAUCUGGGUGAUGGCUCUGUCCGUGUGUUUCAUCUUCACUGUCACCAUUGGGACUUUCCCCGCUGUGACUGUGGAUGUGAAGUCCACAGUAGCAAACGGAGGAACAUGGGAAACCUACUUCAUCCCAGUGUCAUGUUUCUUGCUGUUUAAUGUGAUGGACUGGGCUGGCAGGAGUCUGACAGCCGUCUGCAUGUGGCCUGGUAAAGACAGCAAGUUACUCCCUGCCCUGGUGAUUUUGAGAAUCAUCUUCAUCCCCCUGUUUAUUCUGUGUAAUGUUCAGCCACGCAAAUACUUCCCUGUGGUGUUCAGCCAUGACGCCUGGUACAUUACCUUGAUGAUCUUCUUCUCCUUCUCCAACGGCUACCUGGCCAGUCUCUGCAUGUGCUUUGGACCCAAGAAAGUGGCGCAGCACGAAGCGGAGACAGCAGGCGCGAUCAUGGCUUUCUUCUUGUCCCUGGGUCUGGCUCUGGGCGCUGCCUUCUCUUUUGCUUUCAGGGCCAUUUGCUAGAAGCUGGAGUAACUUUCAGUAGUUUUAGGCUAGACUUGCACUGGGAGAACUGAUACAACUGGAUGAGCUGUACUGCUUUUAAACAGCCGCCAAAGGAAGAUUUGGGUGACUUGGGUGCAACAAAAGAAGAGUAGAGAUCUGAUCCACUCUUCUCAAAGUUUAGACUGUUUUUGCUCAGUCAAAAUGGCAACUAUACAAGCACUCUGUCACAACUGGACUUCUGAUAUUUCCUGUGCACAUUUUACUAUUGCAACAAACUGAAAACCAAGCCAAAAGUGUUAUAAAUUUCUCCAUUUAAUUAAUAUGUAUUACACAUUUGCCAAAAUCAUGUAACCAAAUGUCACAUUCAUUCAGAAUAGAACAUGUCGGAGUUAAACAAACUAUUUAUCUUUAAGACUGCUGUGUUUCGUUUAAAUGCAAAUAUUUAAAACAUAGUAAUAAGCUGAACUCAAAAACAAGACUGCAGAAAUUAUUGAAGAACUUCUGUGCCCUUUUGUAGCAGUAUAUAUUGUAUUAUAUUUUGUUCAUAACUAUCAAAACAAUGAGACACAACUAACAUGCAAUGUCCAAAGUAUGCUGUUUACAAUUUAUGCUGUUGGAAAAUAAGUUUACUUGAUUGAUUUUUUUUUUAUUCAGAUAAGUGCACAGGUGACAGUUCUGUUACUGGUAGUGUAAGAAUUAAACAGACUCUAAACAUAUUAUGCAUACAUGUUCAUGUCUUGCCUAGGAUUUAACUGAAAAUAUUGUCAGUAAUUUCUCAGUAUUGACUGAGUUUGAGAUGAUGUUAUAAGACAACUUUUUAUUAUUUUUUUGUAACUGUUUUUACUUUGGCCAUAAAUUGCUUACACAGUACAAUGCAUCACCAGCUGCUGAUAUGUUAACGUCACAUUUUUUAUUACAAACACAAGGCCCGUGGUGACACACUCAGUGGGUAAAUGCAUAUUAUUGACCAUGUCAGUGUUGUGACUAAUAAAGAAACGUUUGUUAGA